AAGAGGUUGAAGACACCAGCGAGCCGACCAAGCGCGACCGGUCCCACUUGGAGAGCACCCUCAAGCUGAAUGAGGACAAACCUGCUGAUGAUUUCUCAGGAGUACUGCAGCGGCUGAGGAAGAUCUACCACUCCUCCAUCAAGCCCCUGGAGCAGUCCUACAGAUACAACGAGCUGAGACAGCAUGAGAUCACAGCUUACCCCGGACGCACCCUGGGCUCCUCCGCCACAGAUGGGGAGAUCACUUCCAAGCCAAUGGUGCUAUUCCUGGGACCGUGGAGCGUCGGCAAAUCCUCCAUGAUAAACUACCUCCUCGGGCUGGACGACACUCCCUACCAGCUCUACACAGGGGCAGAACCCACCACCUCCGAAUUCACCGUCAUCAUGCAUGGUCCCAAGCUGAAGACCAUCGAGGGCAUCGUGAUGGCUGCUGACAGUGCCCGCUCCUUCUCGCCCCUGGAGAAGUUUGGGCAGAACUUCUUGGAGAAGCUGAUAGGGAUUGAGGUGCCCCACAAACUGCUGGAGCGAGUCACCUUCGUGGACACACCGGGCAUCAUUGAAAACCGCAAGCAGCAAGAACGAGGUUACCCAUUCAACGACGUGUGCCAGUGGUUCAUUGACAGAGCUGAUCUCAUCUUCGUUGUCUUUGACCCUACGAAGCUGGACGUGGGCUUGGAGCUGGAGAUGCUGUUUCGCCAGCUGAAGGGCCGUGAGUCUCAGAUCCGAAUCAUCUUGAACAAAGCCGACAGCCUGGCUACCCAGGAGCUCAUGAGAGUCUACGGUGCCUUAUUCUGGAGCCUGGCUCCUCUCAUCAAUGUCACGGAGCCACCCAGGGUGUACGUUAGCUCCUUCUGGCCCCACGAGUACCAUCCGGAUACCCACAAAGACCUGUUCCUCAAAGAAGAGAUAUCGCUCCUGGAAGAUCUCAACCAAGUGAUCGAGAACAGGAUGGAAAAUAAGAUCGCCUUCAUACGCCAGCACGCCAUCCGGGUGCGUAUCCACGCCCUUUUGGUCGAUCGCUAUCUACAGACCUACAAGGACAAAAUGACCUUCUUUAGCGAUGGAGAACUGGUGUUCAGGGACAUUGUGGAAGAUCCUGACAAAUUCUUUAUCUUUAAGUCCAUUCUGGCAAAGACCAAUGUCAGCAAAUUUGACCUCCCCAACCGCGAGGCUUACAAGGACUUCUUUGGCAUCAACCCCAUCACCAGUUUUAAGCUGCUGUCUCAGCAGUGUUCCUACAUGGGAGGGUGUUUCCUAGAGAAGAUUGAGAAGGCCAUCACGCGUGAGCUUCCCGAUCUCUUGGGAAGCAUCGGCUUGGGGAAGAAGCCCAAUAUUCUCUCCUGCGACAUCACUGGCUGUGGCGAAACCCCAAAGAAUCGCUACAAGAAACCCUAAGGUGUUCUGUAAUAUAACCGUCUAUGUGUUCCUACCGGUGAAUGAGCUUAUGUCUUAUCUGUCCAAGAAGCCAUGGUUUGUUAACCCUUUGAGUGCCACACUGGCAAAGGCUACUGUACGAUGAGGACUUUGAGUCAUUGACAUCGAUGGCAGGGGAAGAUGGGUGGGCAUAAGAGAAUAAAAACUGUGAAUUCCUGAGAUUUUAUCUUUGUUCUUUUGAGUAGAAGGCAAUGUUUAAGCUGUAAGUAUGAGCAAUGCACAGUGAGCUGGGACUGUAGCUGCUUUUUCACUGGUGCCAAGAGUGCAUGAACAGGAGUUUCAACCUCUGCAUACCUGAAGCCGGCAGGGAGCGAGAAUGAGGUCACGGCGUGAGAGCCCAGGGGAGAGCUGUGACACACUAACCCAGGGCAGCACCGGGAGCCCCCGGGGCACAGCACAAACGUCCUACAAAUCUCUGCAAAUACUGAUCUUGUUUUCCUUUCUGAGACUUUUAGGUCGCCUGGUGAGUUCUCGUUUUGCGUAACAGCCGAGUUGAACUUCUGCAGCCUUCACCUGGGCGUUCGCCUUAAGAAGA